CUUGGAUUUGGGGUCCAAUACGGCAGGAAUACGCAUGCCCGGGCAGGAAAAAAGGUUUGCCCGGGCAGGGUAACAAAACCAGGGGGCAGCAAGGAAGCCAUGAUGGUAGCGGCUAGGCUAGGGUUUCUGAAAACGUGACUCUCAAAUGAGAGGCAUUUUCUGAGGGGUCGAAUUUUGACCUGCCAAUUCCCUCCCUUUCACCGCACUCAACCCCCCCGUCUACAAAGUCAAAUUGGCUUCCAGCCAACCAACUCCCUCCCUUUCACCGCACUGAACUCCCACCCAUCUACAAACUCCAACCUUUCCUCACAAAUGCUCGACUCUCCCCCCCAUCAUCUCCCCCAUCACUUUGGUAGAAGACUAACAAGCACCGUAACUCGCGCAAUCGCCGCCACCUAGCUAAGCACACCACCGUUUCGCUUCAGAGCUGAGAUUUGGACGGAAAUGGGGAACGGCAAACACGGGAUGGCUUUCAAUCACGUACAGAGCAGGCUGGGCUAUGGGCAAAAAAGAAUGGGCGAAAAAACCGCGACGUCGCGAAGUCGCGGAAAAAAAAAAUAUAAGUUUUUUUUUUCGCCGGGCAGCCCGGGUAUCGCGUAUCGCGUAUUCCAAGCGUAUCAGCGUAUUGCGUAUAUUCGCAAGCGUAUAUACGCAAUACGCAAAGCCUUCUGUGCGUAUAUUCCAA